CUUCGAGCUGCCGCUGCCACGAUUUGCACUUGCCCUUAUUGUGGAUACGAGGCGAUUGUCUACAGACUUUCACUCUUUGAGUGUUCUGCAACCAUGCCGUCAAAAUCUCACAUAGAGAUCGUGGGCUUAAUUAAAGAAAGUCCUUUCCACGUGGCCAAAAGUAUUGCUCAGGGACUGAAGCAGAAGUUUCCAGAGGCGUUUCUGCGGCCAAGCAUUCAAGCUCUGUUUGAGUUGGACUGGGACACAUACCUGUGCGAGAAGAAAAGGGAGCUGCGUGGUGAAGUGUGGCAGUACUCCAGCAGCCUGAUGUGCUUCCUGAACGGCAGUCUCCUUGGUGAUGAGAAGGAUUUUGCCGGCUGGGCAAAGACUCACUGGGAUUUUGCUUUGACUCGGCCACCGGCUUUCUAUGAGGCUCUAACUGAGGACUACUACACCAAACACCUCCAGAACUCUGGGCAUCAGUUUGUCUUCAUGGACAUUGAGAUAGCAGGAGAAGCAGCGGGGAGGUUGUUGUUUGAGCUGUUCUCAGAUAUAUGUCCAAAGACUUCUGAGAACUUUAAGGAGCUGUGCACCGGAGAGCGAGGACUGUCACAGAGCGGCUUCCCACUCUGCUACAAGGGCUCUCUGAUUCAUCGGGUCGUGCCCAACGGCUGGGUGCAAGGUGGAGAUAUUUAUCCAGAAAGUAAAGGCGAUGGAGGUGAAUCAGUCUAUGGACCCACUUUCGAAGAUGAAAGUUUUGCUGUUCCUCACUCGAAGCGAGGCGCGCUCGGGAUGGCCAAUAAGGGUUCCCACAGCAACGGAUCCCAGUUUUACAUCACGCUGCAGCCAGCAACUUGGAUGGACAGGACCUACGUCGCAUUUGGACAAGUGGUGGAGGGUGCUGAUGUCCUCAAGAGAUUGGAGGAGGUCCAGACUUGCAAUGAAAGACCAAACUAUGAAUGUAGAGUUACGGAUUGUGGAGUAUUAAAACUCCAAGAAUGAAGAUGAAGUUGAAGCAGCCAAAUAAACCCUAAGAUAUAUGUAACUAACACAAAUGUAAAAAAGUAUUUUAUUUAAUUGUAAAUUGUCACUUAGUUUCUCGUUAAGUAAGUUUUGUGUCCUUGUCUUCUAGCUUUCUUAAGUGGUCCUAAAUAAAUCUGUGGAUGUGAUAGACAUUAUUACACCUGUAUAAAGUUUUAUUUGCAUUUUUUUUAAAGUUACAUUUAAUAACAUCGAUCAAGAUAGAACAGAUAAACAGAUAAAGUUAGACGUUUCGUUGACACUGCUGUCACCUGCUGUUCAUAUUUAGUAACAGCAACAAUUCUUCCAUAAACAAAAUAGAUAAAUAAAUAAAUAAUAAUAAUACAGGUUUACAUUUAAUCUGAUGAGAAUAUAAUUAACCUAUAAAUCAGUAUCAUAAAUUAUCAGACGUUCAAUAAUUUAUAAACAUUGCAAGGCAUUAGAUAAAUACUUGAAUUUAUUUUUUAACCUAAUGUCUAAUGAACAUGUAUUUUUAAAGAGGUUAAAUUAACCUAUUUUUAAAGAGGUUAAAUUAACUAAUUAACUAAGGUUGGGGUUAAGAUGUGAAUUGUGGUUAGGUUAAGGUUAGAGUUAGGCUUGAAUUGGUCAUGGUUAAGGUUAGGGAUAGGUUUUGGUUAGGCUGUCCACAUUGAAUGGAAGUCAAUGCAAAGUCAGGAUAGCUGCGGAAACUUAUGAGUAUGUGUUUAUGUACUUGUGCUCAUAUCGAAGUGAGGACAUUUUGGGGUAAGUUAGGACAUUUGGGCUGGUCUUGACUUUUUUCAUGGGGCUGUUUAAGGGGUUAGACUCGCUUUUAGUGUUAGAAUCAGGUUAAGGUCAGAGUUAACCAGAACCAAGAAGAGGUUGGUCCAGCUCUAGCAGCUCUGCAGUGGCUGCCUGUUACACACAGGAUUGACUUCAAGGUUCU